GGGAGGGAGAGAGGGAGUUCUGUGCAACACGCCUCAUCAGUCAGUGGUGGUGGAUUUAUCAAGAGUAGUAUGUGGAUGAGGUCAAAUAACAUAAAAGCCAAAAGAACUUAGAGGGACCGGCACUAAAUAAGCGGCGAUGCGACUGGUCAGCGAGGCCGGCGGUCGGCUCCGCAGGGCGGCCGAGGAGGAGGAGAAGGAGCGGCCGGCGCCGCCCUCGCACCACUCCAACCACCAGUUCAGCAGCAUGAAGAGCAAGUUCUUCAAUGAGCUCACGCACUUGCCAAAUCAUAAACUCAAGAUGCCCAUGUGGGCUGUGGGCGCCAUUGUGUUCGUGGUCCUCGCCCUUGUCGCCAGCAUGGGAUUCUGCAUCUAUAGGAAGUGCUGCAACAAGGGGAAGAAGCCCAAGAAGGUCCGCGAGAGGAAAGGAGGGCGAGGGCGCAGGAAGAAGGACAAGGAUGGAGAGGAGGGAGAGGACAAGAAGGAGGGAGAGGACGGAAAGGAAGACGAGGAGAAGGAGAACUUUGGCAAACUGGAGUACUCCCUGGACUAUAACUUCAAUGACAACCAGCUGAUAGUCGGCAUCCUCCAGGCUCAGGACCUCGCCGCCAUGGACCUCGGCGGGACGUCAGACCCCUACGUCAAAGUCUACAUGCUGCCGGACAAGAAGAAGAAGUUUGAGACCAAAGUCCAGCGAAAGAACCUCUGUCCCGUCUUCAAUGAGACCUUCAGCUUUAAGAUACCCUACAGCGAGUUGGGCGGUCAGACUUUGGUGCUGCAGGUGUUUGACUUUGAUCGUUUCGGUAAACACGACGUCAUCGGCGAGAUCAAGAUCCCCAUGAACAGUAUAGACCUCGCCCAGCCAAUACAAGAAUGGAAGGAUCUGGUUGGAGGAGAGAAAGAGGAGCAAGAGAAGCUGGGAGACAUCUGCAUUUCCCUGCGCUACGUCCCCACGGCCGGAAAGCUGACCAUCAACAUCAUGGAAGCCAAGAACCUGAAGAAGAUGGAUGUUGGAGGACUGUCAGAUCCCUUUGUGAAGGUGGUGCUGCAGCACAACGGCAAGCGACUGAAGAAGAAGAAGACGUCAGUCAAACAGAACACUCUGAAUCCUUACUUCAACGAGAGCUUCAGCUUCGAGAUCCCCUUUUCCCAGAUCCAGAAACUCCAGGUGGUGAUCACCGUGUACGACUACGACAAGCUGGGCAGCAACGACGCCAUCGGCAAGUGCUGGAUGGGCUACGGCGCCUCGGGCGUCGGGCUGCGCCACUGGUCCGACAUGCUGGCCAACCCGCGGCGCCCAGUGGCCCAGUGGCACACGCUGCAGCCGGAGGAGGAGGUGGAUGCUGCUCUGAAGGCCCCCAUCCGCUAAAUACCCCCUCCCCCCCUCCACCACACACACACACACACACACACGUAUACAGCGUCACCUGCCUGUGAGGGGAAACCUUCCUUUUCAAUCCUAACCCUGCAUGUUCUAUGAAAUUACCUCUGACUGGAAUCGUAAUCUUAAAUGUUCUUUUGAUCUUAUUUCAUUCAGGGAUCUCUUUAUUUGACUUCUUGUGCGCUUUACAUUUCUUUAUCAAAAGGUUGAUUUAAUACUAAAGAAAUGCUCACAUAAUAUGUACUUGCAACACGCUCAAAUGGAGUUUGUGUAUCGGCUCAUUUCAUGAAAAAAAAUGUACCCUCAUUGACUACUACUAUACUACUUACUAAAUGACUGUAUUUAAAGGGUACUCCAGUAAUUUAACUUUGCAUUUCAUAAAGUUGGAAAACUUGCAUAAGACAGAGAAAAAAAAAGAAGUCAAAAUUGAAGGAAGACAUCCUGACUAACACCUCUGGACACUACACCUCCCAUAAUGCAGUUCGAUUGUCUUACUUUCUUGCCUGGUGAAUGUCUUCAUCAGUCAAACUCAGCGUGUCUCAGGCUUUCUGUUGAGGAGAGUUCUCUGAACCUCAUGUAUGAAAAGGAUGCCCUGUUAAUAAUAAUCAUAAUAAUUAAUAAUCUUUGUUUUAUUUAUAACCUUUAUUUUGAAGAGCCACACCUUCUUUAAUGUAAUGAAUGCCUUGUUUAUUUCCAUCAUAUGUAAGCUAUAGUAUUUUCAAAAACAAUUUCAAAAAUAAAAAACCCAGACAUUCUUUCACUUGGAGUACGUUUAAACUGGCUGCAGAGCCGUGUGUGUAACAGUGUAUGUGCUUCUUUAAGUCAUGUUUCCCCCGUCUGUACCAUGAGAACCAGCUGCAAACCAUCCAAACUGGAUCAUUCCUCUGAAAGGUCACGUCACAGUCACGUGUUUUUACUGAUUGUGAACGCAUGUGGGAUUGAGUGGAGAUCCUGCUUGGAGUAUCUGAGGAUUGCACAUGCAGUUUGUUUAUGUGAGUGUGAGUGAGUUUUAUUGUAUAUCAUGAAAUAAUCUGGAAUGCUGUUUUCACUUUCAGUUUGAGACAAAUAAAGCUUUUCCAGAUGGUC